AUGCUGGAUGAUUCUGCGCAAAUCCAUUGUGCUUUUGUCAUGGGAAAAUGUUGUAAUGCACCUAUACGAGAAUGGUCAAUCCCUCGUUUGGAACUACAAGCCGCAGUUCUGUCUUCACGAUUACACAAGUUAAUCUACAACGAGCUGGAGUUAACAAUUUCGAGGACAUUCUUUUGGUCUGAUUCUAUGACGACGUUACAAUACAUCAAGAAUGAAAGACGUCGAUUCCGUCCGUUCGUGGCUAAUCGCCUUAGUGAAAUUCACGACGUAUCAUCACCAAGUGAUUGGAGACACGUUCCAGGUGAUCUUAAUUCUGCUGACGAUGGUUCAAGAGGAAUGAAAAUCAAAGCCUUUCAACCGACGUGUCGUUGGUGGACUGGUCCAUCUUUCCUCUGGCAAGCUGACGAAUGUUGGCCAACUCAGCGUGUAGGUGACGUUCCAGACAACGAUACGGAACUCCAGACAGAGAAGCACGUGAUGAUCAUUUCUCCUAGCGCUUCCUUAAACCAAUUCCUACACCAAUGUUCUUCAUGGCCGCGUCUUCAAAGGCAAAUGGCGUGGUUGUUGCGUUUUAUCCAACAUCUCAAGAAUCCAGUUAUUCCUUCGACAAUGUCACCGAUGAUCACCUUUGCAGAGAUGCGAGUUUCAUCUUUGAAGAUAGUCCGCAUUAUACAACGUCAGUACUUCCCAAACGAACUUGAGUCACUUCGAGAUGGCAAACAAUUUCUACCAACAGCAAGUUAG